AUGCAAUUGUCGGACGAAAAAUCUGUGCAACAAAUCUGGCUAUCAAUUGGUUGGGAUCUACUGGAAGGUGAACAUGAAAUGCUGCUCAUGACUGACCCAAACGGAUUAUUUGUCGCACAAGACAUUAAUACGGAUAAAGUUUUGGGAGUUUGUUGUAGUGUUAAUCUAUCUCAAGAGAUAUCAUUUAUUUAUGAGUAUGGAGUAUUGAAAGAGUGUCAGGGAUUAGGCAUUGGAACCGCUCUUUGGGAGAAAGCUUGCCAACUCGUCAAGGUCUGCGAUGGACUCGACAGGAGUGCACAGCUCAGGGCAAUCAAUGGGCCGUUUAAAAGCAUAGGUGUUGUGGCCAUUAAUGAUAGCAAACAAGUGAUGGGCUAUUGUUUUGUUUCGGACACAGGAAUCUGCAGUGGUUUUAAUCUGUCUCCUGAGUUGGCGUAUAUGUGUGUAUAUGCCGUGAGACCAGAGUAUCAGGGAUUAGGCAUUGGAACCGCUCUUUGGGAUAAAGCUAUGAAACAUAUGGGCGAUAGAAAUGCCUCACUGUUUGGCAAUAAUCAGAAAGUGAAUGAUAUUUACAAAAAUAAACACAAUUUUACUUUUAUUCCUCAACGAAAACUCCUUCGUAUGAGAGGUAAACCUGUGCUCAACAAUUUGAUCACUAGUAUUGAUGGCAUAUUUGUUGUUGACAUGAAUGAUAAGAAUAUCGCGGAUGUGAUUGAAUACGACAAACAGGUCUGCGAUGGACUCAACAGGAGUGCACAGCUCAGGGCACUCAACGGGCCGUUUAAAAGCAUAGGUGUUGUGGCCUUUAAUGAUCGCAAACAAGUGGUUGGCUUUUGUUUUGCAUCGGAGACCCUUUCCGGAAAGGGCAAAUUAUUGGGAGUCUGUUGUAGUGUUAAUCUGUCGCCAGAGCUGUCUUUUAUAUACUCUUAUGCCGUGAGACCAGAGUAUCAGGGAUUAGGCAUCGGAACCGCUCUUUGGGAUAAAGCUAUGAAACAUAUGGGCGAUAGAAAUGCCUCACUGUUUGGCGACAAUCAGAAAGUAAAUGAUAUUUACAAAAAUAAACACAAUUUUACUUUUAUUCCUCAACGAAAACGGAUUCAAAUGAGUGGCAAACCUGUAGUCAACGGUUUGACGGAUAGUAUUCCCGGCAUAUGUUUGGUUGACAUGAAUGAUAAGAAUAUCGCGGAUGUGAUUGAAUACGACAAACAGGUCUGCGAUGGACUCGACAGGAGUGCACAGCUCAGGGCACUCAACGGGCAGUUUAAAAGCAUAGGUGUUGUGGCCAUUAAUGAUUGCAAACAAGUGGAUUUGUAUCUCAAAGACUUGUUUUCAUUACAACGAGUGUCACAACAGUUCAGCCGUUGUUCACAAGGAGUGCUGCGGACGAAGAAAAGAGUGAGCAUUGGAUUCAAUGAUUUGGAGAAAACAUCACAAUUAAGAUAUUUUAACCAAAACUUUGAGGCCAAUGACUGGAAUCGCGUAGACAUUACACCAGCGAUCACUUUGAAAGGCGUUGAUAUUGCUGUUGAUUACAGACAGCAUAGACUCGAGUCUAUUGUCCGCCAAUUCCGUGGCGUCAAGAAGUUAUAUCUGUCCAAAACUGUAAUCAGUUUCAAGACAUUAAAGCUAUUUGUCUAUCAGUGGCCACAACUCGAGGAACUAUACACUCAUGACAUCAAUAUCUGUGGGUCGAGUGAUAAGACAAUCACCGAAUGGACGCAACUUCUCUCAAAAGUCAAACACAUAACAAUCGGUAGAAUUGACACAAAAUAUAUGGCAUUUAUGAGAGAUGUGAUCAAAGAAUUGCCAUCACUUCAAAGUAUAUAUAUUUGGCGUUUUAGUGUCAACCCAUUGAGUGCCACACCAAUCACAAUAUCAUCGCUGGCAGAAAGUUUGCCCACAAAUCUGAUAGAAUUGAGCGCUCGUUUAGGCCCAUCGGACAGUCAAACUCUGGAUGCAAUCACGAGUAAAUGCCAGCAAAUAAGGAAAAUAUGGCUCAAUGAGUUGUCUGCGUUUACAACCGUUGAAGAAUGUAAUCUCUGGAACCAAUGGUUUUCAAUGAUAUGCGAUCGUCUCGACGGUUUGAGAAUUUUAUAUGUCAUUUUGGGAGACAUUUCUAUCAAAAAUUUCAGCGAAGGUAUUGCAAAACUCAACGUUUUAAAAGAUCUUACCAUCGUUUUCGCCGGUUCUGCAAAUUUACCGGUAAUGUGUUUCGACACCCAAUCGAUGGCCAAACAUAUGCAGCCAAUGGUGUCGUUGCGAUCGUUAUCACUUCGGGGACUCGACUGUUCACCAAAUCGGUGGUCAAAUUUAGCGGAGAUGUUGCCAAAUGUCCGCAAAUUGAGUGUCUAUUGCAUGUAUUAUCGCGCGGAUUGUGAUGACGGAGAGGACUUUAAUCUAUGUUUCUAUCGGUGUAUGGAUUGUGUGUCAAAAAUGCCAAAAUUAAAACAUAUUACAAUCCGUAAUAUCAUCGAUGGUCACAUCACAAGACACGUACUGGAAGUGUUCAAUCGUAUGGAUCGGCUCAGCGUUGAUAUGGGAUCUGAAGAAAAACUGAUUGAAGUGUUGAUACAUUUUAUGGUCAAAACACUGGCCAAUAGGCGACGAGUAUUCCGAUUGGAUUUAGUGCCUAAAGUGAAGCGAGAAUUGAUCGAAACGAUGAAUACAAUGGAUAUACCAAUGCCUGAGAGUGUGAUUGUGGGCCAUGUCUUCAGUACUAGAGAUGGGGACCAAUGA